AGAGAAGAUGGCAUGCCUGGAGGCCGAAAUAAGAGCAUUGGGCCAGUCCAGAUAUCAGAAGAAGAGAUCGAAAGGAUCAUGUCUGGGCAAGAGUUUGAGGAAGAGGCCAAUCACUGGAGCAACCAUGGUGACAGCGACCACAGUUCUCCUGGGCACAGGGCUUCAGAGAGCAACCAACCUUCACCAGGCUCCACACUGUCCUCCAGUAGGUCUGUGGAACUAAAUGGAUUCAUGGCAUUCAGGGAGCAGUACAUGGGAAUGUCUGUGCCUCCACAUUAUCAAUACAUACCACACCUUUUUAACUAUUCUGGUCACUCGCCACUUCUGCCCCAACAAGCUCGCAGCUUGGAUCCCCAGUCAUACAGUCUGAUUCACCAACUGGUAUCAGCCGAGGACCUAGAGCCACUGGGCACGCCUAUGUUGAUCGAAGAUGGAUAUGCUGUGACACAGGCAGAACUGUUUGCCCUGCUUUGCCGCCUGGCUGAUGAGCUGCUCUUUAGGCAGAUUGCCUGGAUCAAGAAACUGCCUUUCUUCUGUGAGCUCUCAAUCAAGGAUUACACAUGCCUCUUGAGCUCUACGUGGCAGGAACUAAUCCUGCUAUCCUCCCUCACCGUUUACAGCAAGCAGAUCUUUGGGGAGCUGGCUGAUGUCACCGCCAAGUACUCACCCUCUGAUGAAGAACUACACAGAUUUAGUGAUGAAGGGAUGGAGGUGAUUGAGCGGCUCAUCUACCUGUAUCACAAGUUCCAUCAGCUGAAGGUCAGCAAUGAGGAAUAUGCGUGCAUGAAAGCAAUUAAUUUCCUAAACCAAGAUAUCAGGGGUCUGAGCAGUGCCUCACAGCUGGAACAGUUGAAUAAGCGAUACUGGUACAUUUGCCAGGAUUUCACUGAAUAUAAAUAUACACACCAGCCGAACCGCUUUCCUGAUCUCAUGAUGUGCUUACCUGAGAUUCGAUAUAUUGCAGGAAAGAUGGUGAAUGUACCCCUGGAGCAGCUGCCCCUUCUCUUUAAGGUGGUGCUGCAUUCCUGCAAGACAAGUGUGGGCAAGGAAUGACCUGUUCCCAGCACCCUCCUCAGGCCAACCACAGCGCCUUGGGUGGGCAGGACAGGCUCCGGAGGAAAGAGCCAGAGAGACCAAGGUGGAGGCUGUGAAGCAGUAUUUCCAGUUGCCUCCAUAGCAAGAAGAGUUUUUUGUUUGUUUGUCUGUUUUUUAACCUCAUUUUUUCUAUAUAUUUAUUUCACGACAGAGUUGAAUGUAUGGCCUUCAACACGAUGCACGUGCUUUUGUGUGAAUGCAGCCAAUGCAUUUCCUUGCAGUUUACAGAAUGUGAAGAUGUUUAAUGUUGCAGUGUUGUCAUUGUUUAGAGAUAGUUUUUUUGUAUUUUGAGGGAGAGGGUGGGAUGGGGCUAAGAUGACUAUUUCCAUAAUGUUGACAAAGACGACUACCUCAGUGGAAAUGGGGGGAAAGGGGUGACCAUCCCUACUUUUUCCACAUUUUCUCAGGAUACUCAUACAUUUGUCUGUCAGAGAGCAAACUGCCUUUUUCUAGCUACAGAAUUGACAGGUAAAAGAGCACACCACAAAGGGGCAAAGUGUUGUUAGGAGAUUUAUUAAGCAUGGUGGGUGAGAUGUUGGAAACAGGAAAGAUAAAGAUUGAGCUAUCUCUUUUCUUUGGAAAGCAUGAGAGAGUAGGGCACAGUGACCAAAUUUAAGGCAGGUGUCAUCCCACCCAACAAAUCCUAAGGGCAGAAUGGUUUCUGUCCUCACACCCUGCUGCCCCACCCCCCUACACCACCACUGUCAACUUUUCAUCCAGGCAAAGUCCUGGCAAUAAAUCAAUCCAUAGGACUUGCCUUCCAGCUCCUUUGGAGCUCAUAGCUACCUAGUUUUCUUACGUGGAUCUGCUAAGACCUACCUUCCUCAGAGUCCUUUCCUCUCCCUUAUAAAUUUGACUUCCUAUUGGCCCUUUGAAAAAACUGACUGAGCAAAAUGCCAUGUUCUGAAUACUGGUGCCCACUAAUGAUUUAUUCUCUUUUCACUUUGUUUUCUUCAAAGCAUAGUGGGAAAAAGGCCAGACUGCUAUAAGAAUAAAUUUUCCUCCUUUGGAAUCCACUGUUCCUCUCUCUACCCUACCUCAUCCUAGCCCCCAGGACUGAAUCCAAAAAUUAUACUCUCUUUUUUAAAUAGUGGGAAGGACCAUUUACCCACCUGCUGACCAGAAAUUUUGCCCCUAAAUUCUACUUCAAGUUCUGCUUAUCUCUCCAAAAUAAGACCAGGCUCCCUCAGGGCCCCAGAACAGAAAGCCCAAAGCCCAGAGUGGCCCAACUGCCCCUUACAAUGUCAGUUGCCUGGCCAAGGCCUGGAGGGCUGCAGCCAAAAGCAUCUGAAAGGGAAGGGGGGCUUUAAACUACCUCAUGUUCCUAAGGGCCUGGCUGCCUCUGCAGAUAUGGCCUGGACCCCUUGUUCUUUUACUACCUACCCCACCUAAUCCCAGGAAAUGUUCCUUACCCUCUUGACUUUGGCCAAUGGUCAUACCAAGUUUGUCUUGAAACUCUUUCAGGUGCUUUUCCCUUCUCUGCCUUAGUAUAGCAGUUGCCCCCUCCUAUAUGCAGGUACCUUCUGAAGCCAGUGCAGCAGACUGACCACCUAGUUGGGUGCAUCCAGGGAUCUAAGUGGUUCUGAGGGUCCCACAGCACUUCUUUCUGCCUGUUUAGUCAAAGGCUGUUUGCUCUCUCCCCAACUCAGCCUAAUAAACCUAUCCAGGAGGCCCCCACAUUGUGUGCAUA